GCUCAACCGCAUGGCGCACCAGGUACAUCGUCUCCCGUGGCAGUCCCUCUCGUCCGCCUUCGGCAUCAUAUCAAGGAACCAUGGUGACCGCGAAAGGACAAAUCUGUAUUUUGGAAACCAGCCAGGCCAAAGCAGGCAACUCGAUCACUUUGCAAAAGAAUUCGCAAAAACCUUAGAACAGUGUUCAGAAACAGAACGCCUAAAAUAUCAACCAACAUACGACCCGCCCCAGCUUGACGACAUCGUUAUCACAGCCGCUAUCGAAAAAAAGAUUACCCGCUCUCUGAACCAGUGUCGCUCGAACAAUAUCUUCCACCUACGGCACCGAUGCGCCCGGCGCAUCGGGAAUGCCUUGAAGGUGGACUGCACUUGCCCGCUCCUCGACAUCGAAAAGCGUGCCUCUUUCCUCGUAGAGAGCUGGCGAAGCUGUCCGCAAACAUGUAGCAGUACUAGAGAAAACCACCAUACUUCCGUGGAGCUCAUUAAGAUCCUCAUUCUUCACGAUGAGAUGGAAGUUCUAUUUAGGCUGUGCGCAAGUCCGGACUUCGACUUGGCGGAGAACUGGUGGUCCUUCCCGUACGACCGUCCCCAAGACUACGGCUGGGCCGAGGUCAUGCGCUCGGCUCUCAUGGCGUACAUUUGCUUGAAUGUAUUCUUUCUGAAGCCCGAGACAUAUGACCCAGCGGCGCGAGAGGAAAAUAAUGCUGGAAUCGCCGUCGCAGACUAUCGGAACACCACGUCCUACCAAAGAACCUUGUUCCGCUGUACUGCGAAGACAAAUCUUGACACGUAUACUUAUCCUCAUCGGGAAUUUUUUGGCAUCGCAGAGGGCGUAUACGUUGCCGACUAUCACUGGUCACACGAUCAGCUAUUAGGCCUCACAGCUGUGGAGGAGCGACGACAGCCAGGUUAUGGAUAUGUUCCGACAAAGGAGGAUGUUGCGCGUACUCGCAUUUUGGUGUGUAAAGCGGGAAAACUGCCAGUCGAAUUGGGACUGGAGAUAUUGGGCUUUGCAGGCUAUGUACCGGCGCGUCGAAUUCCAGUGGCUGACGAUCCAUUGCACAAGGACAACGUGGAUGAGCUGAGGAUCUACCUAGAUCACUGCUGGCAACUCCUCGUUCGAUGCGAUAUGCUGAUGAAAUCAUGUGGGAAAAGCUGGGAUUGGUACGGAGAAAUCACUGAAUGCAUUAUGGACCUAUGGGGCGAUCCUAAAAUCGAAGCCACAGGCUACCCAUGGUGGAUCGAAGAAGGAUAUAGCGACUGGGAUGAGGACUUUCGCCAUUGGCCUUUGAAUACCGACGACCACCAAAAGCUCUGGGUUCGGUUUAAGGGCUAUCAUGAUUAAUGUCAUGUGAGGCAAGAGUUCGCCCUUAUUAUUAGUCGAUCAUUGCGGUAUGCUCUGUAUGCUAGAAUUCAAC